AUGUCGACUUCAAGGUGCCCCGCGGAGGGCAUCAAAGUUGCCAUUAUCGGAGGGGGCCCUGCAGGCCUUGCAGCCGCCAUUGAGCUCGCCAGACUACCCUUCGUCGACUGGCAUCUUUACGAACAGAAGCCAGCCAUCAGCGAAAUCGGGACCGGUAUUACUUUACAGCGCAGCACUUGGAAGUUAUUGGAGACACUCGGAGCUUCCAAGCACCUUGGAGCUGGCGACUUCUUCAGGCCUUUAGAUGGCCACGACAACCAGUAUAGGGACGGACGAUCCGGAGUGGUUGUGAAGCAGACGCAUCCACCAGCACACGUCGCUCCUCACCAAGCUCCCUGCAGAGUGCAUAGAGGCAAAUUGCAGAAGGCAUUGCUCAAGGAAGUAGAUCAGGAUCGUAUUCGGACUGGAGCGAAGUUGGUAAACGUCGAGCGUUUACCGAGUAAGAAGCUCCGCCUCAUAUUCAGCGACGGUUCAACUAGCGAAGUAGACCUCUUAAUCGGUGCUGACGGUAUCCGAUCUGCCGUCAGAAGCUUUGCCUUUCCCGACCAUUCCGUCAACUACACAGGCAUGACUGCCUAUAGAGCAGUAGUCAAAGUGUCAGACGUCGAGCAGAUAAAUGGCUUUUCUAGAGCGACUGUGUUCUGGUAUGGUACUGAGGGGAAGUGGGUUUACACAACUCCUCUGGAUAACCAUGACUGGGAAAUCACAUGUAGGAUCAAGGAGGCCGAUGACGGGGACCGGUCGACCUGGGGAAGAGAAGUCAGCGUGGCCAACUUUGUUGAAAGAUUACAAGAAUACUGCGAGCCGGUUCAGCAACUUCUUUCCCUCGUCACUCAUGUCAAGCGAUUUGACUACUUUGGGGGAACGAGAUUGCAUUCGGUCAUCAAAUAUGGCUCGAUCGCUCUCAUAGGAGACGCGUCGCAUCCUCUAUCCGGUGCCUUUGGUGCUGGCGCUGCUUUUGCUCUCGAAGACGCUCAUACAGUUGUAGGAGCACUCCAGUGGGCUGCAUCUUCGACUCGAACCUUGCAAGAUGCUCUUAAGCUCUUUGACAGCGUGAGGUCACCUUACUACGGUGCUCUUUACCAGACCAUGGAUAACAUCGCCGCUUCCCAUGAGAAGACCUCCCGCGAGGCUGCGUCUGCAGAGGAAGAGAUCGUUGGCCGUAUUGAGAAUGUCUCAAAGCCGGAGCAUAACUGGAUGUUAUACCACGAUGUAAGAUUGAGAUCCCCCCCAGUUGUCUUUGUUGGUUCUAAUCCGCUAUGA